AUGUGCAUGCUGUGUCGGAAUGUGGUUGGUGAUGUCAUGGGCAAAGGUCAUGACCUCUGUUCUGCAUGGAAUCCAGUCUGCAUUGGGAUAAUAUAUGGCAUCAUCGGUAAACUGAAGAUACACCCAGAUUCUGACUGGAAAUUACUGUUGAUUCGACAACACUCUCUUCUUGGCCAAAUAGAUGGAGAACACAACAUAUACAAGAUCAACAAAAUUGCUGUUCUCUCUCUUUCAAAAACCGACUGCACAGACUUAGAUUUGCAGCUGUGCAAGAAACAUCACUUUGGGAUGAAGAAACCUGAACGAAUCCUCCAGCCCUCCGAUGACUCCAGAGCACUGCAGAAAACAUGGAACUCCAUUAAGCUGGCUGCUGAAAAUGUCAGACCCAAAAAGAAAGAAGUGAAGGACAAAGAAAAGUUUGAAAAAAGAAUAAUGGAGGAGCUGCUGAAGAUGUAUACGGACUCUGACUUCUUCUACUACAGCAACACAUAUGACUUGACAAACUCCAUGCAGCAGCAGAACAGUGAACAAUAUGACAAAUCAGCGCCACUGUGCAAACGGGCAGAUGAGAGAUUCUUUUGGAACAAGUACUUGAUGACUGAGCUGGAGAAUCAGAAGAACCCGCUGGCAGAUCACUGGAUGGUUCCCAUCAUCCAGGGUUUCAUCCAGAUGGAGCGAUGCAAGAUGGACUUCAGUGAGGACAGGAAUGAGAGCUCGUCGGAUUCUAUGUCAGAUUUUAUGAACACCAAGUACAAAGAGCCCCUAGAAUACAAUAUCAGUAUCAUCUCUCGAAGAAACAGACACAGAGCAGGAACUAGGUCCAAGAAACGGGGUAUAGAUGAAAGUGGAGCUUGUGCUAACUAUGUGGAAACAGAACAGAUAAUUGAGUUUUCUCCUCACUUGGUGUCAUUUGUUCAAGUUCGAGGUUCCAUUCCAGUUUUCUGGAGCCAGUCGGGUUUCAAGUACAGGCCACCACCUAGACUUGAUAAAGGUGAAGAAGAAUCUCACACUGCGUUCAAGAAACACUUUGAGGAGCAGUUCCAGAAGUACAGAAAGGUGGUGAUUGUGUCCUUGGCCGAGCUGUCGGGGAAGGAGCAGAUAGUGGGGGACGCCUACCUGAGUCAGGUUCUGCAGUACAAUUCACCAGACCUCACCUACAUCACAUUUGACUUUCACGAGUACUGCCGUGGAAUGAAAUUUGAAAAUGUCUCCAUCCUAACUGAAGGCAUUAGAGAUAUCAUCAAAGACAUGAGAUACUGCUGGGUUGACAAGAAAGGGGUGAUCUGUGAACAGAUGGGAGUUUUCAGAAUCAACUGCAUUGAUUGUCUCGAUCGCACCAAUGUUGUGCAGACAGCAAUAGCUAGAAUUGCUAUGGAAACCCAGUUCCGGAAGCUCGGCCUGCUGCCUCCAGAGGAGAACCUACCACAGAGCUGCAGACUGACCUACCAGCAGAUCUGGGCCAACAACGGAGACAUCAUCAGUCAGCAGUACGCAGGCACCGCGGCACUGAAGGGAGAUUUCACGAGGACGGGUGAGAGGAAGCUGACGGGGAUGAUGAAGGAUGGGAUGUACUCGGCUAACAGGUACUACCUCCGAUUCAAGGAUGCCUACCGUCAGGCAGUAGUAGACAUCACACAAGGUCAGCCAGUGUCAGACGACCUCAUGUCACUGGGGUCACGAGUGGAGGUGGAGGAUGACACGAUUGACCUGAUGGAGAAGGAGGAGAACAUGAAGAUGCUGCUUGAGGACUGUAAGAAGAUGUUGAUUGUCGAGCCCGAGCAGUGUCUGGGUGGCUGGAGUCUGAUCAAUGCUAACCCCGUGGAAGGAGAUCCGGAUCGUCAGGAAAUGGACAUUAUUCUCCUGCUCAGCCAGAGGGCGAUAUAUGUAGCAUGGUAUGAUGACGAAGAGGAAGCAGUUACACAGUAUCAGAGAAUAUUUUUGGAAGAUUUGGACAAAAUAGAAAUAGGUAUGGAACCAUCAAUGUUCCGGUCACGGUUCAUAUGCCUCAGAUUACAUUAUCACCAUCUGGCAGAGGAUGGCUUUUUCCACACAUUCCGUGCACCAAGUACCCGACUGUUCAACAACCUGACCAUUGCAGUGAAGGACAAAGAGGAUGCCAAGGAAUCACUGAAAGCAAUCUGCCAGACAUUUGUGGCUGCCCAGAAGAUUUUAUCUCUUGAUUUGGAGUGUGUUGAUCGACAGAAGCUUGAUCGAAAAAAGUGUCCGCCACAUCCUGAAGUCACAAAUAUCCAUAAACAGCAGCAGGAGAAUUCUCUGGCUGGAAUCCGGUUACCUCGAGAUAUUUCCACCGAAAUACCACUCAAGAGUCCAGUAGCUGUGCCCGGCGAUGAUCAGUUGAAAUCUGACGUCAAGGACAAGCUGGAUUCUGAACUGCAAGCAGCCAAUGAAAACACACAACAUCAGAAAUCUCCAAAGUCUCCAAUGAGCUUUCUGCCUGCAGCUCUGAGACAACCAUUUUCGAAGCAGUCCUUUUCAGUUUUGAAUGCAAAUAUGAAUGCAGGAUUAAAUAUUCAUUUCCCCAACAUGCCCAAAAUGAAUCUUCAGGAUUUGAAUCCUGUGAAUUUCGUUAAAAAUGGACCUGCAGGAAAAGCAGCAGUUACAUUUUCCAAGGUGUUCCACAUGACUGACUACUCGAGCAGUGAGAGUGAGGAAGGAGUUGGUGCUGAUGAUGAUGAGGACUUGAUGCUGGAUAGUUGUGGCAUUCUGGCCACAAGUCCAAGCAAUCUGCUCUUAAAAGCAGCUGCAAGUAAAGCUUCUGAGCAAAACAGAAGUGGAACAAAGGAGAGAACAAAGACAUUGGUUGUCAUCAAGACUGAAAGUGAAAAUCCACAUUUGGAAAAUGAUCUUCCUCGUACAGAAAAUGAACAAACCGUCUUCAGUUUAGACUCUGAUGAAAGUAAUGUGAAUCUCGCUUCUGAAUCAGUUCCAACUCAGCAGGGAAUCUCAGCCUCUACAGAUCAAGACCUUAUCAAGUUUAAUAUGGGAGACACUCUUCAAACAAGUGUGCCUGGCACAGCAGAAGCCGAAGCCGUGGAUCAUAAGCCGCAAGAUGAAUUGGUGCCAAAAUGUUCAGAAAAGAAGUAUGAUGAACUCUUACCGAGGUUGCAGUCAUCUGCCUCCAAGCACAACUCACCUCGGUCUUCACGACUCUUUCACAGCAACAUGAAGAUCUCCCUCAGUGACACAAGCAUAACCCUCAAUAAGACAUCGGACGAGCUGCCCUCUGGUAAAAAGAAUACCGCUGGAAGCACAAGUCCCUUCAGCAGAUUCAAAGUGCGAAUGGCCAAUUUAAGUCUGCCCACAAGCAGCCCCAAGGGACAGGUGGUCAUCCACAAGGGAAUGGUUCGCAAGUCUCAGAGAUUGCUGGAGAACUUUGAAAAAAUGGCUAGAGAGAAACUGGGUGAUGAAGAGUGCCGGUCUAGGAUUAUAUUUAUAUAAAUUUCCCCAUCUCUCUUGCCAGUUUUAAAAUUUUAUUUCAUGCUUAAACACAUAAUCAGGGUUCAUCUUGUUGGUUGCCAAAUUACAUGUAGCUGAUAUCGUAGUGACUAGGGGAUUUUUUGUGCUUUUUUUCUAGAAACACUGUUUGACCACACAAACAUAUAUACACAGUGUUCAUUAUAUUAAUGAACCUGCUUAUUCACAGUGGACAACCAUAUUAAACACCUUCCUAACCAAUGUAAUUAACAUGUAACAUAAUUUGUAAAGUAUAGCUGGCACAGAAGUUUAAAAGUGCCAAUGAAAGUUGCCAAUUGUCACCUUAUUUUACUAACCUGCACAUCCUGAGUUUAAUCUGGAAAGUUAGCAGCAUUAUCUAAUAGCAGCUGUUUUUAUAUCAGGUGUCUGGUAAAUCAGAAACUUUGUCCAAAAAGCAAGUGGAGAGAACAAACCUGCUACCUCCUUCCACGUGCCAGUAAGGAGUCCCAUUAUAUGCACUAAUCCACAAACAGAAUAGGAUAUCCCAUAGCCUGUGAUACUACACGAUUGGAGCACUUGUUGGAGUGAAUAGUAACCCAUUGGGGAUCGAUCCUAGGAGCCAUCACACCUCAAGCAACCAUGAGAGAAACAACAGUUCCUGGAUCAUAAUUUGAGUCGAACUGGAAUAGUUUGACAUGGGUUUUAAUGACAGAACUUUUCAAGAUCUGGAUCAGAAUGUAAGACUCUCAUGAUUCAGGAAUAUCAACAUGUACAGUGAACCGUCUCCAAACCGGACACCCACAGGACCAAGUAAAAUGUCUAGUUUAAUAAGGGUCGUCUGGUUUAGAGAGGUUCUCUUUUGCGCUGAUAUUUAAAAAAAGGGACCGUGAAAAACAUCCGGUUUUGAAGGAAUUCCAGUUUACAGAGGGUCCGGUUUUGAGUGGUUUCACUGUAUUUGUAAGUCUUCAUAGGGCAGCUGCUUGUACCUUGGUGUUGUCUCGUGUUGUGUUAUUGUAAGUACUAAUGUUUUACUCAUUCCGAUAUCGUUGUAGUCAUAAUAAGUAUUAUGUGAAAAUUUUUGAAUCUGGUGCAUUCUUGUAUGUUUUUCUAGAAUGUACCUGUAAUUGGUUGAUAUGUAUAUAGCACGCUGUUUUAGGUUGCAUACCUUAAGAGAUCUCAUAGGCUGAAUUGUGUUCACUUAUAGUGUCAGAACAUGCACGCAAGCUGGUCUUGUAUUCCAGGUCACAGAAUGACAGAAUUCAGGGCUUUGUAAUUAUAAGACAAUAAAAGUUACUUUGAAUAAAGUUAUAGGCAGGAAAGACGUACGGUUUAAGUCAGUUAUAAGACAAUAAAAGUUACUUUGAAUAAAGUUAUAGGCAGGAAAGACGUACGGUUUAAGUCAGUUAUAAGACAAUAAAAGUUACUUUGAAUAAAGUUAUAGGCAGGAAAGACGUACGGUUUAAGUCCGUUAAAAAUAAGGUCGCAUAGCAUCAGAGCAGGUCAGUGAUGUAAUUGAUUGUUGAAGAUUUACCCAACUAAGAUUCAAGCAAGAUGCUCUAGGUGAAGUAACCGAUGUCCCGGUAUCUAGACUGGCUGCUCAGAACAAAUCUUAUGGAAGAGAAGACUUGCUAAAACCACAAACGAAAGAGCUGAAGGUAUUUUGAAUACACUUAGCCAUAAAGAGGAUAGAACAUACCAUAUAGCCUUUUGAACAUAAAUAUAUGUCAUUUGAGGAGCACUACAUACCAGUGUGAUUAUUCAUAAUUUCAUGAACCGAUGUCUAAUGUAGGAUUUGUAGAAUCUAAUAUUUUAAAACUCACUGCUUGUAUGUAUUAUUAUGUCUCAGUAGAGAGUCGCGUCAAUAUGUUCUGUAGUGAUUAAAUCAUUCCAUUUGACUGCUAUGUUCUUGUGAUUAUAAAAAUUUUUUAAACACUUAUAAUGCUAAAUCUGGUGCUGUGGUGAAAAUAUACUCAUAUUUUGGAGUUAGCUGAAUAGAUCUGAUCCCUUUUUAAAAAAUUAUUAUUAUUAUUAUUUAUUUAUUUAUUAUUAUUUUAUUAUUAUUAUUAUUAUUAUUAUUAUUAUUGGAAUACUGAAGUUGUUGAAAUCUGAAACUGAAUAAUUUAGUGUUUUAUAGUUACUGUACUGAAAAUUAUGAUGUUAAUUUUUGUGAUGUUUUAUGGAGUAUUAAGUCACAAGAAUACUCAGUUCAAUUUACAUUUACAGUUACAUUGUAUUUUAAUGUUUUGCGGUAGUAAUGUUUCGGUGCACAUGCACAUGUAUGUGUAUGUAAUUGCAUAUGACUUUAUGUGUCUAUAUUAUAACUGCAUAUUUUAGAUUCUGCAUAUUUUGUUGACAAAUAGUUUAUACAUGUAUGUAUUUUUCAGAAAUUGUAUUAUAGAUAAUGUGAUGGAUUCCUGGUUACAAAAUUAUAUACUUAAAAUACAUAGAUCUGUGUUAGACUUUCAAAACAUAAAUGGUGCAUUUAUACACAUACUUGUCAAAUGCUUUAAGACAUUAUCUCCACAGGUUACAACCUCAUCUGCACGUGUGUACACAUAACGAAGCGAGCAUGCAGACACCACACAACACAUACAGUGUACACGUGCACAGCACACAGACAAGGACAAAACACAACACAUACAUGUACAUAUACUCAGCACAAUAUACACACACACGCACACACACACACACACACACACAA